AUGUAUGAGGAACAGCUGUUUGCACCAGCCCCUUCCCGCCGCCGCCUUAGCCGGGGCCCUUCCCUCGCCGGCGGAGGCCUCGGGGAAGUUGCGCGCCUACUUUCUUCCACCUGGAAGUUCGCUCCCCUCUUCCCGGACGGCUCGCACCGCGGUGGCUGCGGGGAGCCCCGGAGUGCCCGGGUUCCUGCCCGUCCACCCGCUCACCGCCCAGUCUUGGCCGGUCGGCGUCCCUUCGCCGGGCAAGGCUUCCCGCCUGCAGGUCUGGCCUUCGCGCCCUCGGGCCUGGCUGCCCGCUGGGUCUCCGUGGACGCUGGGGGGGGGGGCGGCGGCCGGGAGCCCCGGGCCUCGGCGGGGUGGGUCUGGGGUCAGCUCGGGGUGACCGGGCUGGGGGGGGUCGGGCUUUGUUUCCCUCUCGGGCCACGCUGCACACUUCCUCCCCGCCCCCAGCGAGCCUCCGCUGAGCCUCCGCUGGGCCGCCGCGCUCCGGCUCCGCAGGAAGCGGAGGGGACCGAGGGGCUCCCGGGGUCUUCCUGGAGCCGGAGGGCGCGGGGCGCGCCGAGCAGGGGAGGUGGCCGGGGACGGCUCGGGGCCAGGACCCGCGCUCAGACGGCCGCACGUGGCGCUUCGGACGCGGCCUGGAAGAGGGGACAACCGUGGGGAUGGACAGAUGGAUCCCACGUGGGACCCCUUCAGGCCUGGGCCUUGAAGGCCGCGUCAGUCGGUCGUGCGCACACCCCCGAUGGCCCCUGCAGGUACCCUGUCCCCCCUCACGCCUCGCAGGGUGCCACGCAGGGCGACGGGGCCGUGUCCCCGGCGCCGCCUGGCGCCCCCAGCCAGACCACAGUCCCGCCUGCCCGGCCCGGGGCCUUCCCCAUCCUCAGGACCCCAGGGUCUCCUCCCUGGCGCCCCGAAAGGCUCACCUCUCGGCCGCCGGCCGCUCUGGUCCUUCCAGAACCGCCGGCCCUGACCACUCGCGGGGUCCAGCCUUGUGCGUCGCGACCUCCCAAAGGCCCGGCUUCCUCGCAGGCUCCCUCUGCGGACUCGCGGUCGAGACGCGCUUGGCCGUUAUUUCCCAAGCUUCAACCCAUUUUGCCUAAUCCCUUAUGUUUUAUUUUAAUCCUACACGUUACAGUUAAUCUGCAAUGA